CUAACCUCAACAGGCUACAGAGAUUAGAGAGAGAUGUUGUAGUACGGUGUAUGUACCAGUAUGAUAUGAGAGUCGGUGUAAACAACUUGAGCCGUGAUUCUAUUGCAUUUUGCUUGCUGAACAUAAACGCCGAAUAUUAAGAUAUUUCUUUCUCUUACUGAGACUCGCUGACUCUUAUUUUUUGUUCACGGAACAUCGAUAUUCGCCAACAGUUCAAGCUAUUAUGUUCAAAAGAACUUUCCACAUCUGUCGGGCUCACAUUCACAGUACUCGAAGCUUCUCUUCUAAUGCCAGUGACCAACUACCAUUAUCAGGGAUUCGUGUUCUCGAUUUAUCACGAGUGUUGGCUGGUCCGUAUUGCACCAUGAUUUUGGGUGAUUUGGGUGCGGAAAUUGUUAAGAUUGAGCAUCCAAUGCGAGGUUGUGACACCCGAGCGUGGGGACCGCCUUUCGUCGGAUCGAACGACGCAGACAAAGAGAGCUGCUACUUUCUUUCGGUCAACAGAAACAAGAAAAGUGUGGGCAUCAAUAUUAAGGAUCCUGAAGGUAGAGAUCUGGUUGCAGCAUUGGCUCGACAAAGUGAUGUGUUGGUGGAAAAUUAUCUUCCCGGCAAACUUAGUCAAAUGGGCCUAGGCUAUGAUGACUUGAAAGACAUUGCACCCAAUCUUAUUUAUUGCUCUAUCACGGGAUUUGGAGUUGAUGGGCCAUAUUCCAACAGAGCUGGAUACGAUGUCAUCGCUGCUUCCAUUGGGGGUCUCCUUCACAUCACUGGUGAGCCCAACGGCCCUCCGUGCAAGGUGGGCGUGGCUCUGACCGAUGUUUGUACCGGAUUGUAUGCUCAUGGCGCGAUAAUGGCAGCUCUGCUGGCUCGAGCUAAAAGCGGACGGGGACAAAAGAUUGAUUGUAAUCUAUUGGCUACCCAAGUGAGCACGUUGGUUAACCUGUCAUCCAGUUAUCUUAAUGGCGGAAUCGAAGCCCAACGUCAAGGCACAGCCCAUGCCAGCAUUGUCCCAUAUCAGAGUUUCCAGACCAAGGACGGAUAUAUGACCAUCGGAUGCGGCAAUGACCACCAAUUCCAGGAAUUCUGUCAGAAAAUUGGACUCCCUCAAGUUUGCCUUGAGGACAAGUAUCAAUCAAACGAAUUGCGUGUCCACAACAGAGAAGAACUCAUUGAGCUCCUCACGACCAAAAUGGGUGAAAAGACCAAUGAGGAAUGGACAUCGACCUUCGACGGAGCCGGGUUCCCGUAUGGGCCUGUUAACAACUUGUCCCAAGUGUUUGCCGAUCCUCAAGUGAAGCAUUUGGGUCUGGAACAGACUGUAAGCCAUCCCAAGGUUGGAGAGAUCAAGCAAGUGGGUCCGCCAGUCAAAUUCUCGGCCUCUUCCAACCGCAUUCAGUUCGCUCCGCCUGUUUUGGGAUCGCACACAAGGGAGGUUUUGGCUGACUUGCUUAACCUAGAUGAAGAAAGAUUGAAUGAACUGUCACGCAAGGGAGUCAUAAAUCCUUAACCAGAUGAAAACAAAUGUAUACAACACUUAGUGGCCGAGAAUACGUUUUACUUCCUCAUUCGUACAUACAGUGUGUCCGAAAUUGAGUUCCCCUCAUGAAUUUACACGUCUUCAACAUUACCUCCUUUGCAAAAGAUUCAUUUAAACAGCUUUGAACACACUAAAGAAUAGUAGCCGCCUUACAUAUAAACCAAGAUCAGUCAUCUGCUUCAUGCUUGAGAUUAUAUUUUUACCAGAAUACUUAGUUGUUUCAGGCCUCCCGUUUCAAACCCUGUUUAAUGUCUGCGUAGGGUUGGUAUGCAAAAUGACUUUCCAGGUCAAAGCCAUAACUAAUAGCCUUUGCGAAGGCGGAUUGGAACUUAUCUUGGUUUUAGAGAAUGUUCAGAUGGCUCAGCAACUCUCCGGACUUGUUUCCAAUCGAAAACCUAUGAGUAUACCUCCACAAAGAGCUAGUUAAUUUGACGCUCGAAAUCAAUCUCGAUGCUCGGAACAAAAACGUUAAAAAGUGUGGAGACAUAUUUUAGCUGGAACUAAAAAAAAAGUCCUAUCAAAGUGCAACCAAUCGCAUCAGAUAUCGUGUUGAGCUUGGCGUGGCUACCCAGGUAAGCAAUAGCCAAUUGCAAUUAACCUACGUUAAUAGUUUUAGAGCAAAUAAAAAAGGAGGAACUCAAUUUCGGGACACACUGUACAUACUGCACAGUAGGUAUAGUUGUUGUUGACGGUAUUCCUUUCCGAUCCUAAUGCUAGUAGUCAUCGACAGUUUGGGGAAAGAGUAACAAAAAUGCUCAGAUGUAGAAAGGUAAACUUAUAAUCUGGUAAAUGAUUGAUGGCUACGUCACUGAUGUGCGUCAACCGAGAAAUACACAUGCAUUCUGGUGAUCAAUUUCAA